GGGCCGGCUCCGGCGUGCCCGCCAUCUUUGUUGAUGUGUCAGCUCCGUAGGGGUUUGGGGGAACCGCGGCAGAGAGGGCGAGCUGCCGGCCUGCUCCUCCUGGCCGUCUCUGCCUCCCACUCCACGUCUUCCAGACCCCGCUAUGAAAAGUUGGCUCCUGAGCCGGAGCUCCAGCAGCCUCGUUAGGGUGCGGCCCGAGGCUUGGAGAAGUGGGAUGUAAGACGAAAAUCAGGAGCAGAUUUGAAGAAAUGCAGAGCGAAUUGAUGCCAAUCAGCAUGUCAGUGACAGAUCACAUAGCCUCCAUUUCCUCUGAUAAAAGCACUGGGAAAACACCUGAAUUAAAAGAAGACUCAUGUAACUCAUUUUCUGGUGAUGGAAGCAACGGAUUAGAAAAUGAGUCCAAGCUAUUGUCAUUGAACUUUGAUAAAACUUUAUGUCAGCCGAAUGAGCACAAUAAUCAGAUUAAGGCACAGGAAAAUUAUAUUCCAGAUCAUGCUGGAGGUGAGGAUUCUUGUGCUACAACAGACAUAUGCCUAGAAAAUUCUGAACAAAUAACUGAUUUUCCUAGUGGAGACUUUGCAAAGCCAGUUUCAAAAACAAAGGAACCAGAACAGACAGUAACACAAAUAUUGGCGGAAUUAAGAUCAUCUACAUUUACAGAAACAGCUAAUCAAAAGACUUACUCAGAAAGUCCCUAUGAUACAGACUGCACCAAGAAACUUAUUUCAAAAAUAAAGAAUGUUUCAGCAUCAGAGGAUUUGUUGGAAGAAAUAGAAUCUGAACUCUUAUCUACAGAGUUUGCAGAGGAACACAGAGUGCCAAAUGGAAUGAACAAGGGAGAACAUGCAUUAGUUCUGUUUGAAAAGUGUGUGCAAGAUAAGUAUUUGCAGCAGGAACAUACUAUAAAAAGGUUAAUUAAAGAAAAUAAGAAGCAUCAGGAACUCAUCUUAGAUAUUUGUUCAGAAAAAGACAAUCUAAGAGAAGAACUAAAAAAAAGAACAGAAACAGAAAAGCAGCAUAUGAACACAAUUAAACAGUUAGAAUCAAGAAUAGAGGAACUUAAUAAAGAAGUUAAAGCAUCCAAAGAUAAACUAUUAGCUCAAGACAUUGCAGCGAAAAAUGCAAUUCAGCAAUUACACAAAGAGAUGGCCCAACGAAUGGAACAGGCCAACAAGAAAUGUGAAGAGGCACGUCAAGAAAAAGAAGCAAUGGUAAUGAAGUAUGUAAGAGGGGAGAAGGAAUCUUUAGACCUUCGAAAAGAAAAAGAGAUACUUGAGAGAAAACUUAGAGAUGCAAAUAAGGAAUUUGAGAAGAACACUAACAAAAUUAAGCAACUUUCUCAGGAAAAAGGACGCUUGCACCAGCUGUAUGAAACAAAGGAAGGUGAAACAACUAGACUCAUCAGAGAAAUUGACAAAUUAAAGGAAGAUAUCAACUCUCACAUCAUUAAAGUAAAAUGGGCACAAAACAAAUUAAAAGCUGAAAUGGAUUCACACAAGGAAACCAAAGAUAAACUCAAAGAAACAACAACAAAAUUGACACAAGCAAAGGAAGAAGCAGAUCAGAUACGAAAAAAUUGUCAGGAUAUGAUAAAAACAUAUCAGGAGUCAGAAGAAAUUAAAUCAAAUGAGCUAGAUGCAAAGCUUAGAGUCACAAAAGGAGAACUUGAAAAACAGAUGCAAGAAAAAUCUGACCAACUAGAGAUGCAUCAUGCCAAAAUAAAAGAAUUAGAAGAUCUGAAGAGGACAUUCAAGGAGGGUAUGGAUGAACUACGAACACUGAGAACAAAGGUGAAAUGUCUAGAAGAUGAACGAUUACGAACAGAAGAUGAAUUAUCAAAAUAUAAGGAAAUUAUUAAUCGCCAAAAAACUGAAAUUCAGAAUUUAUUGGACAAAGUGAAAAUUACAGAUCAGAUACAGGAACAACUACAAAGAGGUAAACAAGAAAUUGAAAAUUUGAAGGAAGAAGUGGAAAGUCUUAAUUCUUUGAUUAAUGACCUACAAAAAGACAUCGAAGGCAGUAGGAAAAGAGAAUCUGAACUACUACUGUUUACAGAAAAGCUUACUAGUAAGAAUGCACAGCUUCAGUCUGAAUCCAAUUCCUUACAGUCACAACUUGAUAAACUUUCCUGUAGUGAAAGUCAAUUACAAAGCCAUUGUGAGCAAAUGAAACAGACAAAUAGUAAUUUGGAAAAUAGAUUGUUGAAAGAGGAAGAACUACGAAGAGAGGAAGUCCAAGCUCUGCAGGCGGAACUCACUUGUAAACAAACGGAAGUUAAAGCAUUGAGUACCCACGUAGAAGAGUUAAAAGAUGAGUUAGUAACUCAAAGACGUAAACAUGCCUCCAAUGUCAAGGAUCUCACCAAACAACUUCAGCAAGCUCGAAGAAAAUUGGAUCAGGUUGAAAAUGGAGGCUAUGAUAAAGAAGUGAGCAGCAUGGGAAGUCGUUCCAGUUCUUCAGGGUCCCUUAAUGCUCGAAGCAGUGCAGAAGAUCGAUCUCCAGAAAAUACUAGGUCAUCAGUAGCCGUGGAUAACUUUCCAGAAGUAGACAAGGCCAUGUUGAUUGAAAGGAUAGUUAGGUUACAAAAAGCACAUGCCCGGAAAAAUGAGAAGAUAGAAUUCAUGGAGGACCACAUCAAACAAUUGGUAGAAGAAAUUAGGAAAAAAACAAAAAUAAUUCAGAGUUAUAUUUUACGGGAAGAAUCAGGCACACUUUCUUCAGAGGCAUCUGAUUUUAAUAAAGUCCAUUUAAGUAGACGGGGAGGCAUCAUGGCAUCUUUGUAUACAUCUCAUCCAGCUGAUAGUGGACUAACAUUGGAGCUCUCUUUGGAAAUCAACCGAAAGCUACAGGCUGUUUUGGAGGAUACGUUACUGAAAAAUAUUACUUUAAAGGAAAAUCUACAAACACUCGGAACAGAAAUAGAACGUCUUAUUAAACACCAGCAUGAACUAGAACAGAGGACAAAGAAAAUCUAAUACCAGACUCUUGCUCAGUAAACAAAAGCCACACAGGAGCAGGUGCCACUGACCAGUGUUGUUGGGAACAUUUCUCUGCUUUGUGUGUCAACCAGUAAAAAGAUUUGUCUUGCUUCAUCUGUACAAAAAAGUAUCCUUUUGCAAUAUGAAUGCAUUUCUGUACAUACUGUAAGAGUGUAAGCAUUGAUGAAAUUGGUUUUUAUGUAGUGCAAUACGCAGUCGUUGAAUCUCAGCAACUUGAUUACUCAUAGUCAGGAGAAGUACUGAACAUUACUACAGAACUUUUCAAACCCCUUGUUCAUACUUCUUCCCUUCAAAAUAUAGUGUCAAAAAUGAUUCAGCUUCUUAAAAUUAUGCAUGAAAAGAUAGGUGUUGAUCAUUCAGUGCUAUGCUAUUCUUCCAACAUCAAAAAACAAAACCAAUGAAAUGAUAAAGUUUUGUUUUCCCAUUCCAAUAUAUCAUUUGGUUGUGUUUUAGGGAUGCAGAUGAGAAUAUAAGUCUUUUAUUUUGAUUUUAGUUUUAUUGAAAGCUGAGCAAAAUAGGAAAGCUAGCUGUUAGUUACUAGAAUGAUCUGGCAUUAUAUGCCUCUAACAAUUCCUUAUUUGUGCUAGGUACACUUUUUCAGAUUCAGAUUACUUGGGUUGAUAAUUAAGUUGAAUUUUUUUUUUAACCUUCAGAUACUUAAAAUAAGAUUUUAAAUAACAUGUUCAUUUAGGAAGUUCCUGUGGACUUCAGUUAUAUUUUAAAAUGUGAAAUGGAUCCAGUUGUUAGAACAGAGAGAUGAGUUAUUCUUUGAAACUGAAAUGCCUUAGUUUUGCUGGCAUUGUGUAAAGAUAAAUGUAAUUGCGUUAAAGAUAUUCAUGAAGAUCCAGGUCCCAAGAGAAAACGGCAUAUGGCCCUAUGAACCAUUUCAUUUACGCACCAUUCUUUAUAAUGAAUAUAUAUUUUAGUGGGAUGACCCUGAAUGUGAUGUUUCUGUAUAUUUAUUAAAAACUCAAUAUAAUUAUAUCUCUGUAACCAAAGGCAUUUUAGAGCCAAAUUUUUGUGUCUUGUAGUUUUUACAAUAUUUAUUUAAUGUUUCCAGUCAUAGCAUCAGUAUUUCUUUCCACUGAAGUUUUUCUGCACCCGUUAUGAUCGCUGUCUGUCUGUCCAUGUUCCUGCACCCAGAUCAUUGCUGCAGGGGCCGCCUUAGCACGUGUGCAGGUGUUGCAGCAGACCUCGCUUUCAUGUGGGAUUUUUGCAUCCUGUUGUCUCCGGUUAAGAGACAUAUGCUUUGGAGCAAUGGAUUAAAAACCUUUAAAGAAUUAUAUGGGCUCUAAAAAUUUGGGCUCAUUGCAGUGACGUCCUUUUAAUGUGUUUUAACAUUUUUUAAAUCGACAUUGUUUAAAAAGAUAAUUUACUAAGGAUUAGAUUUAAUGAGCAUCUUAUUUUGUGUGUGUGUUUUGAGGUAUGUGUUGUCAUCCCAAAAUAAAUACCAACUUUUAUUUUUAUUUCAGAAUGAAAAUACAUGUUCAAAGAUGGUUUAUUUUAAAAAACAGAUGUUAAAAAGUAGUAGUCUUAGUAUAAUGUCUUACUCUUUUUCCAAUAAUAAUUUAUCAAAAUAAAAGGGUAAGUGCAGUGAAAUCCAAAUUAUUUUACCAGUUUUUUUUCUAAAUAUACUAUUGACAUGGCUACGAUUAGAGUAGGCAACAUAACUAAAUUUAUUUGAUUUCACAUGUCAUACAGAUUCAUAAACUGUAAUACUUUUUUUUCCCCUCCAAGGCACAAAAUGUGUAAUAGAGACCAAAUAAUGAUCAGAUUCAUAGUGUCCUUUACCUGUAUACUUUAAAAUAUGUAUUUGUUAUAGACAAAAAUGGAACAUUCCAGUAUUAGUGUUUAUGACAUUGUCUACCUGGAGAAGCUUAAUGAUGAUACAUUUUCAUAAGAAAACUAUUAUAAACCACAUUUGACUGUGUUGUUACUUCCCCCCCAUAAAUGUAAGAAAAUAUGGAAGUAUUGGAAGAAAAUGCUUUAUUUCAUCUUUUUCUUUAGUAUCUAAUGUAUCCUUUUGUAUACGAAUCAAGACUGAGCAAGGUAAUUUACAAUAAUGUACCUAUAUCGGAGAUCAUAUCUACUAAUUGACAAACAGCUCCCGACGGAAGGACUUACAGGACCUUCUACCUGCUAUUGAAUAUACAGAGAGAAAAAUGUGUCUGGUCAAGUACAUAAGAUGGUCUGGAGAAACCUGAGAUCUGAGGGAAGUUUGUUUUCUAUGUUCAUUAGUAAUUGUACCCAUCGAAAACUAUUUUGGUUAGUUAGCACUAUUUUGGCUUCUUUGAGUAGGAAAUUGUGUGUGUGUGUGUGUGUGUGUGUGUGUGUGUGUUUGUUUGUGUCUGUCUGUCUGUCUGUGUACUCCUCACCAGGUUUUAAUUUUAAACUGAAUAGUCGCUGUGACUCCCUUUUUCCCAUUCUGUUUCAAACUUCAACCUGUUCACUUUUAAGGACAGAAAAUGGUAGAAUUGUACAGAAUGAGUUUGAACUUUGAUGGUGGUAUUUUUGGUUUUCAGCUUUGAGUUCUUUUUUUAAAAGAAUAAUUUAAAGCAGUUUAGCUUAAAAUUAAAUUUCAUCAGACUACCAACAUGUUAUUUAUUCACUUACUGAACACAUUUAUUGAAAGCUUAAUAUUGCCCAGCACCAUAUAAGGUGUUGUGAUUAUAUUGGUGAGCGAACAGUUCCCCUUUUCAUGAAGCUUAUGGUCUAGUGAAAAUAGCUGGCAGGUGUUAUGGGCCUCUAGCGCUCAUAACCUGCAGCCCCUUGUAAGUGGGCUCAGAAGGUAGUUAACCUAGUUGUGCGAGUAUGUGGUCCAGAAAUCUCACUCUGGCAUGAAGCAUUAGGAAACCCAGUCCUUGCUGAGGUAUUCUGAGAGCAUAUUACUGUUUUCAUAGUGGAUCUGCAGCAUUGCCUAGCUUUUGUCACAGUUCAUUAUUGAAUUCCUUAAGAAAAAGAAAAAUCCAAAGACCAUAUAAAAAUGGCACUACAUUUUUACCAUGUUAGUAAAUUAUUUGUUAAUGCCUACUUGAUGGUCAUCAAACUGAGUUUAAUCAUGUUGUGACUUUGUUUACAGUAUCUUAUUUUCUAAAGAUUUUUACUUGCAAAUUUAGACCAAGAUUUACCAGUAGAAGAAAAAAUUAGAAACCAUUAAUACUGUAAAUUAUAUGUGUGUGUGCACUACCUAGUGAAAAUAUUUUUAUCAAUUACAUUGUCAUUCAUACAUUAUGAAUGCUCAGUAGCCUGUUUUUUUAAUAACUUUUUUUAAACAAAAAUUGGUUUUACAUUAAGGUUGUUAAUCUUUAAUUAAUAGUAGUUGGUGGCACUAGAAACCUGAAAUAUUUCAAGACUGAACAAGAGAAAUAACUGAGAAAGUAUCCGAACAUGAAAAGUUUUCAUUUAAGUAAAUGAAAAAUAUAAUUGUAUAUUAAAGAUGUAUUUUUUUUUCUGGAAUGGAAUUCUUUUAAAAAUGUAUAUGGCUGUCCACUGCAAUGAUGAACUUAUCUUCCAAAGUGUGUAUGUGUGUGUACAUUGUACAGAUAAUCUCUAAUUUGGUUACACUGUUCAUUUUGUAAAUAUAAUCCUGUAUAAAAAUGAA